AUUCAAUUGAGACAUGUAAGGGCAUUGGUUAGAGAUGGUGCUGUGCAGUUUACCAAAUAAAAAAACCGCCUAAGGAAAUUAGCUAUUCAAAAUGAGUAUUGUUCGGAGCGUUUUUUUUUUAGCGCUUGGCGUUCUAGCUAUCUCGUCAAUGUGUAUUAUGAUCCAAAAUCACUUGACGGUUGAAUCAGUAAACGACAAAGAGAACCUUCAGCCUUCCCGCCACCACGUUUUGUCACUAGGCCAGGAAGAUGAUGAUGUUCUCGUUUUUGUUCACAUAUCUGAUCUCCAUAUAAGUGCAUUUACGGCAAAAGAUAGAUAUGAGCAACUCAAUGAGUUCUGCAACAUCAACUUGAAGGCAAUCAAUCCAGGCUUAGUUAUCGCAAGUGGUGAUUUGACUGAUUCUGUAACACCUGAUAAUCUUGUGGUUGACCAGUUUAUUGAGGAAUGGGCAAUGUACAAAGCAUUGUACACCAUUUGUCAAAAUGUCUCUAGUGUGCCUCACUGGUUGGAUUUAAGGGGGAACCAUGAUAACUUUAACAUCAAUGGAUACAACAGUCCAAAUAACUACUACCCUAAGUUUGGGUCACAAAGACUCCAUCCUUCAGGGUCAUAUAUGACAACAAUUGAGACAAACAAUAAAACAAAAUAUGCAUUUAUUGCAGUGGAUGCUACCCUAGACAUAGGCUCGAAACGCUUAUUAAACUUUGUCGGCCAAUUAGAUGAUACCCGCCUGCUAAAAUUGCAAGAACUUGACCAGGCUGCGUCCAAACUAAAUGUCAACGCAACCAUUUGGUUUGGUCACUAUCCGUCAUCAAUUAUCUUGACGUAUGGAAUUCUUCCUGGUCUUCGGCAUGUAGCUGCUAAAGGAAUCGCCUAUUUGUGCGGACAUCUCCAUACUUUCAGUGGAUUGAUUCCCCACAUGUAUUCCAAUCACCAUUCUGGAAUGCUGGAAUUGGAAUUAGCUGAUUGGAAACAUAAUCGAAUGUAUCGGGUUGCAGUGAUAGACCAAGGAUUAUUUUCAUUUGCCGAUAUUCAACAUAAAACUUGGCCUGUUAUAGUUGUAACUAACCCUAAACCGCUGUUAACGGUACAACCUUCUAAAGAGCCCGUUGAAUUGAUGGCCACUUCCACUCAUAUCCGAAUUUUCAUAUUUGCCCCAUUACCCAUAAAUAGUUGUGAGGUAAAAUUGGAUGAAGGUUCUUGGCAACCGUGUAAGCGAAGCGGCCAAAAACAUCCGUUGUAUACGGCGCCUUGGCAGCCUGAACUCUACUCGAAAGGCCUGCACGUGUUGCAAGUCCGCGCCAGGGAUUCUUCCGGAUCGGAAAUGUUAUCAAAAAUAGAAUUUGCUUUGGACGAUACCAAACCACGCUUUCCGUUAUCGGCACGUAUAACGCUAAUGUUGGAUUUUACCGCUAUGAGCAAAGUCCUUUUCGCAGUUUCAAUCAUCUUGUGCACCUUGCCAUUCUGCAUCAUUCGCCGUCUGCAGCUUCGAAUCAUUCGUAAGAAGCGAAAAAUGACAGUUUUGCGUAUUCGGACGAGUUGUAUUAGACUGUGGGUCAGAAAAUUCUGGGUCUUUGCCAGCAUCAAUAGAUUGUUGUUCCCGUUCUUGGCCUACACCGUAUAUCUUACGUUUGGACCUUGGUUUAUUGCCCACUUUGUCGAAGAUCGCGUUGGUGUACUUUUCGUUUGGGGGACUUUGUUCGAUGAUGGAUUGUAUCUUCCUGGAACCACCACUUAUUUUUAUUGCGCCAUUCACGUCAUUUUCUUCAACAUGCUACUCGUUAUUAUUCUUGCUCACACAGCAGAUGUCAGAUACCAAGAGAAGAUUCUUAAGAAGGGAACCGACAGCCGUACGAUGUGCCGAAAAAUUACAUCAUGUUUUCCUAUUUCCAUCUUCCUUAUCUUUCACGGGAUUACUUGCCUCAUCUUUUGGCAAUCCUAUGGCUACCUGUCCAUGUUGGUCAAUCCUGCACGAUCCUGGAGUCUAAUCCUUGCUUUUUACCUUUGGCUCACAGCUAAACGAUUGGAUACACCUCAGCUUACGCUUGCCGUGAAAACUUGGAACUAAACAAUCUUCAUCGUACACGUUUCCUUUCUUAGCUGAGCUUCGCUGCCACAAGCUUUUGCUAGAAAAGGCUCACCAAUUCUCUGUUAUGUAAGAUAUGUCAACAUCAAUAGGGAAAUGUGGGCUGUUUAUCCUGCUCUUGCCAACCAACCAUGAUGGAUUGGUGCUCUAUCGUGCAUGGCGUAAAUAAUCAAAUGGAAAUCGUUGAUUCAAGCUUGUUUCUUGUUAUUUAAUAUGACAACAACAGUGGGACAGUU